GCGGACCUAUCGUGUCGGAACACCCUCCAAAACGUUGGCACGAUGUAUACGCAGACCAAUCACGUCACACUUCGUUAUGUGACCGACCAAUGGGGACCGAAGGAGAAUGGCUUCAAACUUCUUAUUACGGCCUUCAAAGAUAAAAAGCACACCUGUCUACAUUUCCGCUGUGAGACGACCAACUUCUGCGUGGACAGAGAGUUGACGUGUGACGGCGUGAAUCAUUGUGGUGACGGUAGUGACGAGUCGACCAACCUGGCCCGCUGUCCCCCCAUGCCUCUGUGGGAGGUGUUGGGAGUGUCUGGCGCGCUACUCAUCACCAUCGUCGCGUCCGUGGCCUUCCUGUGCUGCGCGUGCGGAGUGACUGUCGUGGUGUGUGUCUACCGCAGGAACAGGGCGCUACACCGACCACCUCCCCAGACCCAGCCAGCCUACCCCUUGGAGGCGGGCGGGCGGUUUGGGACCAACGGCACAUUUGGCACACUGCUGGUGGAGAAGCCUCCCCCCUACCCCGGGGCCCCCCAGCACACCUCUGUUAUCCCUCCAGAUUCGAGCCCGGGAAACCUGGUUCGCCCUGCGUUAGGGGUGGGGUGCAGUACGCUACUACGGCUCACCGCUCGCUGCUGCCUGUCUCCGUGAGGGCUUCAGGCUCUGAGAGUGACGUCUCCUCCACGCAGAAGGAAGAGUGGUUUGUAUAGGUGAACGUCGAGCAAGCGUACUAAACUCUCCUGGCACAGGGUGGUCUACCGAUGUCUGCAAGUGGCCCCCCAGGCAGACAACACAGUCUACCCGCUUUCUCUAUCUUCAUACAUUACUCUUUCUCUACUUGACUCUCUCUCUCUUCUUGAUGCUCUGUCUAUUUGUCUGUUUCUCUCUACUUGGUUCUCUGUCUGUCUCUCUCUCUCUCUCUAUACUUGAUUCUCUGUCUCUCUCUCUCUCUCUCUACUUGAUUCUAUGUUUGUAUCUCUACUUGAUUCUCUGUCUGUCUCUCUAUUUCUCUCUA